AUGGCCUGUGUGAAGACGGAGUCAUUGCAGAGAGUGAGUCAUCACAGUUUGGAAGAGCGUUAGUUUGUGUGUGUCCGUAUGAGAAAGGAUUUACUUUUAGUUUCUUGAUAAAGAGUUCAGUUGUUUCCUGAAGUUCUUAAAAUGUUAUGAUAUUGGUUUACACUUCACAUUAAGCUUUUAUAGGGGGGCUGUAAAGAGUUUAUAAGUAGUUUAUAAUGAUUAGUUAUUCAAAUGAAUCAGGCAAUUAGCCCACCAUUGAACAGUUUUGAGUAAUGCAUAUUUGUUUGUCAUUGCAGUUGUUGAGACAAAUUCAUCUAUCGUUUCUCAGAAAGAGGACAUUCCAGAGACUAUAGAGACUCUCACAGAGGAGUUACCUCCUCUGGAAAAGGCAGACAGUGACGGGAAGGAAUCACCGGAUGCAGACGACGAAGCAUCAACAAAUGAGACUGAAACAGAAGUUAAAUUGAAUGAAGUCAAUGAUAGUUUUAAAAAGUUAUUCAGUUCAAUUGGUUUAAAAUUCACAUUGAAAAAAGACUCCGUCACAACACCAGAAGUGAGCCCUAAGAAAGAAGAGGGCGAAGCACGUACCCCUGAGGACAGCAAGGAGACAGAGACCACUAUAGAUAAUGCUGAGGAGAAUACUGAGCAGAGCACACCGGAGGAUCUUACUGAUGAUACGAUAAAAGAAUGUGUUGGCGAUACACCGGAGCUUGUAGAUGAUACACUAGAAGCGUAUAUUGAUGAAGCACCGAACAAGGUUGUUGCUGAUUCACCAGUGGAACCGGCUGAUGAUUCUACCUCUCACCCUGUGAUGACGGACCUCACAUUUGUGGAAUUCCUUAAUGAAACCACCAAGGAACAGACCACUGAAAUGAUAGAAUCAAAGGAGGAAGUCACACCUGAAGAAGUAGCACAGGCAGAGGGAGAGGCACCAGCAACACCCGUUCCUGUAGUUGAAGAAAUGUCUCCAUUUAAACGUUUUUUCCUGACAGGAAAAAUACACAAGCAGGUCAAGCAAGAACCCAAGAAACAACCCAAGGAGGAACCUAAGGAGGAAGUAAUGGAAGAACACAAGGAAGAACCCAAGACAGAACCCAAGGAAGAAGUCAAUGAGGAACCCAAGGACGAAGUCAAGGAGGAAGUCACCCCUACUGAAGAGACAGACACACCAGCACCAACCAUUGCGGAUGUUGAAGAAGAAAUUGUAUCCCCGAUUAAGAAGUUUUUCACCACAGGAAUCUUUGCCGGUUUAAAGAAAAAGAAAAAUAUUUUAGGAGAGGAAACGCCCAAAGGUGAGACAGUUGAGAAAGAACAGGAACUGCAAAGCAUUGAAAAACUGGAGGAUGUAAACACACCAGAGGAAGCUGGACUUGAGCAAGAACAAACGAAAGACGAGAUCAGUCCAGAUGUUGAGACAAUACCGGUCAUUGAGGGGAAACAAAAUGAGAAUGAAGUUCAACUUGAAAUUGCGGCCUCAACGUCAGAGAUAGUAACAGAUUCCCUGACGGCUGAGACAUCCAAUGUCCCUGAACUGAUGAGUAAUGUCCCUAAAACUAGUGACAACAGAGAGGAUGUUCUUGAAGAGCAGCCAGCUACUGAGGGAUUACAGACAAUUAUCUCAAAUGAAGCUGAACUUCUUAGCUUUCAAGAGGAAGCUAAAAGUCAAGGAAGUUCAGUCCAGGAUAUUCUUGAAGAGCAGUCUCCUUCUUGGGGAUGUGUAACAGUUAUAACAAAUGAAGCUGAAACAAAUGAAGCCGAACUUCUUAGCUCUCAAGAGAAAGCGAAAAGCCAGGAAAGUCUUGAAGAACAGUUUCAUCCUUGGGGAUUCAUCACAGUCACAGCGGAUGUUCCUGAAGAGGAGUCAGCUCCUGAGGUAUUAAUGACAGUUACCUCAAAUGAAGCUGAAACAAAUAAAGCCGAACUUCUUAACUCGCAAGAGAGAGCUAAAAGCCAAGGAAGUCCAGUCCAGGGUAUUCUUGAAGAGCAGUCUCCUUCUUUGGGAUUCCACACAGUUAUCUCAAAUGAAGCUGAACUUCUUAGCUCACAAGAGAAAGCUAAAAUCCAAGGAAGUCCACUCAGGAAGCUCUUAUAUGGGGCUGGUUUGAAUAAGCUUUCUAGGAAGCGGAGAGGUAGGAAAUCAGAUGAGUUGACCGGGUCUGGUGAGCAUGUUGCUGAGGAUUUACUGUCAUCCACAGAGUCAGAGGAGUACCAGAGAGGAGAACGUCCUGACUCUCCACCAGAACAAUUAGCAGCAGAGCAGGUAAACAUGUCUGCGCCGUUAGGGUCAAGCCACGAAUCAGAUGGUGAUGUAACCUCUGACGGUGAAAGGAAAAAGGAUGGCACCUGGACUUCUUUCAAAAAACUAAUGACGCCCACAAGACGUCCCAAAAGAUCUUCUGAGAGUGAGGAUGAGUUAGCACUUGUAGGCUCACAUGAGGAGCCAAAGCAAAGUGAAGGAGAGCAGGUACUAGAACGUUUCACAGAAGAGCCCAAAAAGAAAGUAGAAAUAUCUGUUUCUUGGGAGGCCUUCCUAUGUGGAUCUGCAAAGAGGAGGGGCAGAAAAACGUCUGACUCAGAGGAGGAGGCACCCAUGAAUGAAGGUGAAACACUAAGUGAACCUGCAAACACUGCAGAGUCUCCACUGGACAGUUCUCAGGAGGGAGGUUAUGAACAUUUGACCUCUUCCCCUGAGCAAGCUGUAAGUCCCUUAGGGAGUGAAGGGGGGUCAACAUGGAAAUCCCUUAAAAAGCUGGUCACCUCAAAUAGGAAGGCAAAAACCGAGGAGGUCAGCAAAGCUAACUCACCAGAGCAGAUGCCAUCUGACAGCGAAAGCACCAAAGAGGAGUCUUCAUUUUCUCUAAAGAAACUCAUCCCUGGACGCAAAAAGCGAAAGCAUGGAGGAAAGCAGGAACCAAUAUCUUCUGACGAGGCAGAUAAGGGUGUUGGAUCGGAUGAUGAGGAGGACUCUGAAACGCCAGCAGUGGUCCCCAUGUCUGAGUUUGAUGCAGAAGAGCUAGGAGAGAAACACAUAAUAUCAACUGAGGCUGUUAUAGAAACUCUAUUACACAUUACAGAAGAAACCCAGCCAGACGUCUCUAGGCUGGUCACCGAAUCGGCCAUACCCAAAGACACCCUGCCCACUGAAACAGAGAAGGCUCAAGCCAAAGAUACUGUGGAGCAGUUGGCCCCAUCAACAUCCCCCACUGCUACGGAAGACUUUGAGGACCUUACGGAAUUCAUAAGUAAACAUCAGCAACUCAGUGAUAUACCUGAGGAAGGCUUAAUAGAGGAGACCAUUGCCACACAAGUGUCCACUGCUGAAGAAGCCACUCGAGAUGAUACCAUAGCUGAGGACCUAAUCGAGUUGACAUCUGAAGCAGUCACUGCCCCAGAACCUCUAGAUGAUGAAUCAACAGAAAUGGUUUCAGCAGUGUCACAGCUGACAGACGAGUCUCCCAAAACAUCAGGCAACACAACGCCUGUGCCUUCAGAAUACGAGUUGAAAGAGACAGAGGUACUUCUGCAUGAGGUUGUUGAAAACAUUAGCAGAACUCCAACUCUCUCAUCGGUAAUUACAAAAGACCCGCACCUGGAAGAAGUUGCAGUUUCAGUUUCUCCACAAAUAUUACAGACACCAAAGGAGACGGAAACAACAGUUUUGAUAGCUCAUGAAAAAUCAGACGCGGUUGCAAUCUGCACAGGUGAAGAGUCGCAACAAAUAGAUGCUGUUGAUGAAUGGCCAGUGACUCAUGUGGUGGAGUGUUCAUUAGAAGUCAGCGAGGUAGUACCCACAGAGUUGGCGCCUGAGGAAACGGAAGAGUCUGGUGCUGCAGGAAUCACUACAGAUGAGGUACACAAAGCUGAAGAUGAAUCAAUUCCAAUCAUGCAUAUACAAAUUGAAAAGGACCAACAAAUAGAAUUGGUAAAUGAGUUAGAAGAGGCAAGACCAGUAUUUGUAGCCACCAUUAAUUCAGAAGAGAGUGUAGCUCAGGUUGAAGGAAAGGCUAUAGCAGAAGACAGUCCACAGCCUGAUACAGAGAGCCUGGAAGUGUCGGUCGCUGACAAACUUAUUUUCACACAGCCUCUCACGGAGGUCACUCCUGAAGUAGAAGAAAAAGAGGAAUUAAUGGAUGUUUCAGAGGAUUCUGCAGACAUGGAGAAUGCAUCAGUUGCAGAAACAACCACAUGUGAGGUUCAAGAUGUCACUGCUGCAAUGCCUGACGUUCUGAAGUUAGAACCAUCAGAUGUUUUGGAAUCUUUGAUUGGCAUAGUGGCACCUGCAGUAGAAUCCCCAGAGAAAAUUGAUCCUGUGGGUGCUCUAAGACCACUUGUAGGCUCUUCUAUGGUUCAGACACUAAAGGUAGGGGACAUGGUUGUGAUGAAGAAUGUGCCAUCAGCACAGUUUGUUGAUGGUCAUGCGAUCCAAGUACAAGUGACGGAUGCAGAGCUAAAGUCAGCUGAAGAAACUGUUGAAAAAGUGCUUGAAGUAAGCUCAACUGAUGUCAAUGAUCACGAGAUUCUAGUACAACAGGUGGACGCUGAGAUUAAAUCAGCUGAAGCAAAUGUUGAGACAACCCUUGAGUUGGGCUUAACUGAUGAUCACGAGAUCACAGUACAAGUGGCGGAUGCAGAGCUAAAGUCUGCUCUAGUAAUUAUUGAUAAUGUGCUUGAAGUGGGCUUAACUGAUGUCACUGAUCAUGAGAUCCAAGUACAAGAGAUGUAUGUAGAGAUUGAAUCAGCUGAAGCAAUUGUUGAUGCAGCUUUUGAGGUGGUCUUAACUGAAGUCAAGGGUCAUGAGAUCCAAGUACAAGUGACGGAUGCAAAUGCUGAGAUGGGGUCAGGUGAAGCGAUUCUGGAGGCAGCCCUUGAGGUGGUUUCCUCAACCGAUGUUAAGGAAGUUAUAAACAUUUGUAACAAAAUGGAGGACGAAGGAGAGGGUGAGAAUGCCAUUAAGGAGAUUGAGGAGGACGUGUUUGAAGAGGCAAGCAGUAUUAUAACUCAUGAAAUCCUCCAACAUGUACAGCAGAACUCAUCAGAAGAUGACCCCAAUGUUGUACCACAAUCUAGUGAAAAGGCUGAAGUUGAAUUAACGAGUGAAGCCGAAGUUUCUAAAUCACCAGAGGGUACACCAGUGGUCGCAGUUACAGAUGCUCAAGGAUGUCCAGGUGUAGCUGCACAGGUGCGAAAGAAAAUUAACUUAUUUGAAAACUAUUCCGAACUUAAUACUCAGGCAAAUGCGCACGAACCUUCAGACAAAGAAACUGAGCCCUCCAUUGCUCUCGAAGUUGAUACAGUAUGUGAGGAUAGAACAACUCCAGAGACAUUUGCAGAGUCCACAUUCGAGGUUGACAAAGUACCAGACGACAUAGUUACCAAUACAUUUGCAGAGUCCUGUUUGCAGUCAAAUGUGCAAGAAGUUCAUGGAACGGAGGCUGAAUUUAUUAUUGCGUCUGAAGUAGAUUCAGACUCUACCAGUGGGCAUGAGAAAGAACUGGUGGGAAUGGUAGUACAAUCAGCAAAAGAAUCAGUUGAGUCGUUUGAAAAGAGACUAUCUAUUGAAUCCCAUGUCCAUAUCCAUCUCCACAUUGAACCCAGAGAUGCUGGAGUGGUGUCUGCGGGAUUGGAUUCACCACCACUUGCUAUCUGGCCACCUCCAAGUACUACUGAAGUGAACACUGACAGCUUUCUGAAAGAAUCAAUAGAAAGUGCAAGUACUACUGCAAAAAGUGCAGUGAAUACUGACUGUGUUCCAACAGAAUCAAUGGAAAGUACUCAAGUUUGUGAAGUCGGUCAAAUUGAGCAAACAAAUGACACUGCACCUCCUGCGGCACUGCAUACCCCUCCAGCGCCACUGCAUACCCCUCCAGCGCCACUGCAUACGACUCCAGCGCCACUGCAUACGACUCCAGCGCCACUGCAUACCCCUCCAGCGCCACUGCAUACCCCUCCAGCGCCACUGCAUACGACUCCAGCGCCACUGCAUACGACUCCAGCGCCACUGCAUACGACUCCAGCGCCACUGCAUACGACUCCAGCACCACUGGAUUCGACUCCAGCACCACUGCAUACGACUCCAGCGCCACUGCAUACGACUCCAGCACCACUGCAUUCGACUCCAGCACCACUGCAUUCGACUCCAGCACCACUGGAUUCGACUCCAGCGCCACUGCAUUCGACUCCAGCGCCACUGCAUACGACUCCAGCACCACUGCAUAGCCCAAAUGAACUAGUGGUGUGCACCCCAAAUCCUGAAGCAGAACAGGUAACGAUGAAUGCAGUAGAGUCUAUCCCACACAUAGAGGACGAGAUUGACCAAGAUGUGUGGCUGGAUGCUGAGGAAGAUUUUGGCACAGUAAAAUCACAUGUCUUAGAAGUUCUGAGCAACAAAAUGGAUGGAGGAAUAGAGGAGACGCUGCAGGUCAGUGAAGAGGUCUUUGAUAUUGCACUUGAGCCUCAAAGCGUUCUGUCCAUAAGUGAAACCAAAUAAGACUGCAGCCAUUCCAACAAACUGACGUAUCAUGAACUGGUAAGUCAGUCCUUUUAAUUUCUCGUUAUAUUACUUUGAAUUUAAGUACUUGAAGGAUUAUCCUGAAAUAAUGUCCUCCUGAAUUUGUUUCUCUCCUUGUUGGUUCAACAAGCUAAAGGAGUGCUGGACUACCAAAUAACCCCUGAAAGAGAAGGUAGAAGUCCAUACACGAAUGAUGACCCACCACAACGG